UUUGCAACCAGCAGUCUUCCUCCAGAGUUAUAGUUUAUUACAGGAUGCGACAGAGCUCUUGGCUAUUGAAGAAAAUGUCAAGUUAGUUACCUCCAUCAUUGCAGAGCAACAGUUUACUUCGAAAAGUCGUAAGACGUGUUUCGAGUUCGAUCGAUCCGUUCUCAGGACUCGUGCGGAAGUUCGCCGUUUCAACGGUUGCUUGCUUAGUAGAAGAGAUUGGCUGUGCUGUCAUCUUGGUCAUCAUGCCCGUAACGGGAUUCCUGCAGCAGCCUCUGCCUAUCACCAGUAUAGGGCCAAUGGAUGAAAGACCCAAUGAUGCGAGAACAGGAGAGUCCUCCAAACCGACCCCGAAGUUUGGCGCUUGCAAGAAGGUAGCUAACAAAAAUGACGAGAUAUCAGUUAUGGCAACCAGUAUCCUGGGACCAUUCUCAUUCUCCGGUGAAGAGCUGAAGCCUGACCUCAUUGGUGCUGAGCGUGAGCCGAUUACACCGCUACAGCCGUUAACGGAAAACCCGCUAUCGUCGGCGGAGCUAACGCAGAACACGACCACCAGCAGCAAGGCACUGCCGUCAGGACCUGCCGGGGAAACCAGUGGUGGUGGUGCAGAUAUGGUGCGGCCCAACUUGCUUGCCGAGGGCGCCUCAAACAGGGUUUCCGCGCCAUUGAAUAGGCCACCUACCCAUCGACUUCAAGUUCAAAAGCUCAAGGAACAAGCACGAAAAAACGAUAGUCAGCGCGCUGGACAGCUGUUUCAGGUCCCGAAGCAAAAGAAGAGUGAUGCUGGCAGCAGCAGCAGCAGCAGUGCAACUAGCAAAAGCAGCGAAGCCCGAAAGCAAGGGACUAUGGGCAAGACUGGGUCAUUGCACUCCCAGUCUGGAACAUCCUCUGUUAAGAAGGUGCCGAGUGUCGGAAGUAGCAGCAGUGAGGUUAGUCCUCAGGACACCAUGCGCCAAGGUGGCAAAUCCAACAGCAGUCUAACCAGCAGUAGCAACAAAGGCAGCCAUGGCCAUGUGGAAAAGCACUCCGUGUCUAAGCAACCUGUCUCCAGCCGUGUUUCUCCAACCGAGAGCUCAAGUAUGCCACAAGAUGAGCUCGGAGUCUCGCAAUCGAGUAUUUCAACUAAACAGCCCAAAGCCAGCUCUAAAACGCACUCAUUAGUUUCAGUCACCCCGAUCAGAUCAAAUAGCGGACAAGCAACAGAGAAAGAAAAAAGUGCGAGCAGCCACAAAGUGCCAACCGUACAUCAAGGCAAGGCCGAAGGAGCAAAGCUGUUCUCUCUUGAGCCUGCGGGUGCAGGUAAAACACCUCAAUCUCAUGCUCCCUCCCCACUAUCCUCCAAGGUCAAGGCAAACACUCAAUCCUCCGGCUAUCGGCAACAGAUGGCAGCCGCAAUGCCAUUGUCCAUCGAUCUCAGCACAAGCUGGGCUAUAGCCUCGAUAUCACCCACGAAGGAUGAGUCUAGCAAAGAGAAGGUGGCUGCCACGCAGGUUGGCGUGUCUCGUACUGUCAAGAAUGGCAACGUAGCCCAUCAGACGAAGCCGAAAGUGCCCAGCGAUACCUUUUCCCCCGCCGUGAUUGAUGAUAGCGCGACGGCAGCUGCAUCGGCAGCGGACCUCGCUCCCACUGUCACUCAGUCCAAUAAACUAAAGGUAAAGGAAUAUUCUGCUUUAGCGACUAAAGCCAUGAUAGCGGCAAAGAAGCGGAGUACUUCCCCAUCAGAAAAACUCUUCUCAUGCGGCUCGGGGAAGACCAAGAAGGCUGGCAAGAAGCAGGAGUCUCAACAGCAUGGGAUAAAUCCAGCAAACAUACGACAAUCGGCUGUUACUAAAUCAUCUCAGGCCAAGAAGAAAGGCCAAGGGCUGGUGGUCGACACGAAAAAGAUGACCACCAUAUUUGCUGAGAUGAACAGUAAAGGUUCCUACUCGCCAGUGACGGCCAUUGCGGAAACGCCCACGGUCAGGCAGCACGAAGCCAAGCGGCCGUUUGGUAUCGUGUCUUCUAACCCGUGCUCGGCUUCAAGCUCAGAUGAUAGCAUAUCAUCAUCUCCACCGCAGGUGCCUAAGGUACCCACAUUUCAAGUAACAGCCGUGCCAUCUUCAGGAACGGAGCAACGCUCUGGCCCUGCCAGUUUUGUUCCCGUGACUGGCACACUUAUUGCUGACUUGACUGCCAGCUCUUCUGAUGAAGACAGUGACUCCGAUAGUGACAACUCCGACUCUGAGUGCGAGUGCUUAAGCGCACCAGAUGUAUCCCAGAAACCACAGCCUCCAUUGGUUGCUAGUGGUGAUGGUGGUGAUGCCAUACACUCGGACUCAAACAGUGAGGAUGACUCUGGUAGUGGGAGCAGUAGUGACAGCGACAGCAGUGGCAGUGGUUCCAGCAGCGACAGCAAUAAUGGCAGCGGUACGGAUACUGACACGUCCAGUUCCAGUGGUAGUGACGGAGACGACGAUGAUGUUAUUGAGAAUGACGACCAUGGCAAGAAACCUGUUGAUGACACGCAGAAUGUUGCUGGCAAGAGAUCAAACUACUUUCAUGAUGACAAUCAUGAUUUAUCUGUCUCUUCAUCCUGUGCUUCGUCAUCGUCAUCGUCCUCCUCUUCCUCUGAUGAUGAUGAUGAUGAUAGUUCUGAUGACGAGCAAGAGGAAGACGCGGAGGAGUUGGAAGCCACCCAGACCACCACCGACACCACACAAAGUGUAGCAGCAAGCAGUGGCAGGGGCAGCACUAGCACUGCGACAAUCACAAGAAUACCUAGCCCUGUUUCCGUCACCAGUGUGCCAGUCACACCAGCUUCAAAGCUGCACCACCCGGAGCCGAAGCCGCAACAACCGCGUGACCUGUGGCAACAAAAGGCAAACAUUAAUAAGCGCAUUUCACCUAUCGAGAGUUUUCAAAAACUCACAGGCGAGAAGCAGCCACUGGAGACUAUAAGCCCACUGAAUAGCCCAGUUCCGAAAGGUCCGCACUCCAGCUCGGGUGACUAUGACUUCCCCACUUCUGAAGAUGACCCCGCCGACCGGGAGAUGCUCAUGAGACAUAAGAACAGUGCCAAGAAGUCGGCAUUGGCCACUAGCCGUAGCCCCGGCAAUCCCGUCAAAGCAAAGAAGCCGAGCAGCGACAGCGCAGCAAACAGGUUCCCCAAGCCGACGUUGGAAACGAGCAACAGCGUGCAUUCGUCACGCAAGCCACAACAGAAGCGUUCCCUGUCGCCUGUGGCUAACAUCCCCGGCACGGUGGCAAAACAACAAGUCAAACGUGCACGACAAGAGGAGGACGAAAGUACUCCUACACCGGACAAGUCUGCAAAAAGAAAGCGACCGUCAUGCGCUAAUACAACUGAUGAUAUGCUUAACGGACCAUCAAAGAAAGUUGAAAACCCUCUACGCCGUCGGGGUGAGCCAUCAUCUGAGCAGCCAGCAAAGAAGAAGCGCGAGGCAAGCACAAGACCUGGCGGUGAACGAGGAGCUGUAGCGACUCGCAGCCCACCAGAAAGGUAUCCGUUGCAACGCAAUGGCCGGUCAGCCUUUGACAUACCAGCUGAUGGUGCCUCGGCGAGGUCAACAGGGCAGCAACGGAGCCGCGCAACGGACGGCGCACCGGAAACAACGUCUGCAGCACGCAGCAAUACUGCUGAUAGUAAUCAGCGUGUUAACGGAACAUCGCAGCAGCAGCAGCGCCAGUCUCCGUCGAACACAGUGCGUACCCAUUCACCGUCCGUUGGCGCUUUGUGGUCACCGUCGAAUAUUGGAAGCACUCAAUCUCCCCAGCAGAACAAGUCUGAGUACCUGGCGCAAGCGAAGAAACUGAAGUAUGAAGGCGACAACAAAAAGCUGCCAAUUCACAGGAGAGCUGCAAAGUACUUGGAGGCUGCUAUGCUCUUCAUUCGCUAUGCAGCUGCUAUGGAGGGGCAGGCAAUGGCCAGCAACAACCCCGAGGAGAGGAAGGCUGCACGCUCGUGUUACACUGAGACAAUUGGCAUACUCGGUUUCAUUUCAGUGUUGAGCAGGCUCGAGAAAAGCGAUGUGAGGCAGGAGAUCCUCAUCAUAUCCAUACGCUGCAUGGCUGUCUUGUCCAUGAAGAUCUUCGAGAUGCGCCUGGAAGUCACCAAGAAGGAGAAUCAUUCUCUCAACGAAACGUUCAAGUCGGUCAAUACGCAAAAGGCCACCAAUCAGCCCGUGUCUCCACCAACUUCAAGUGGUGGCAGCUCCAACGGAGGACCUUCACCCAACCCGUCGCCAGCCAGCCUAGUGCCAACGCCACCAGAAGCUGGACGCGCUCCAUCAGCCACAGCCGCCCACGGCACGAACGGCACUGGCGGCAGCACAGGGAAAACCGGCAAUAAUGUGGUUGGGCCCAGCACCCCUACCAGCACAGUGCAGUUCCCGCAGAGGUUGGUCAUGGCGGGUAUGACCACCUGCAAGUUCAUGACUCACGCUAUCGACGCCGUCACUCACUGGCAGCGUGCUGAUCGCAAGAUGACGGAGACGCAAGACUUCUUUGCUCGCUUGAAUCGGGAGUGUGGAGAAAUCCAUUUGAUGAGCUCCAUUGCGAAGCUCAUUGAAUGGUGCGAGAGAGGCCUACAGCGCUGCGAGCAAUCCUCACGCCCAACUGCACGCAGCCGGGACACAACUGUCUAAUCGUCUGGCAGUCCCACUGUCAAGCUGGCACAUGUUCGCCGUGCAGCUGCAGGCUCCUUGUCUAGCUGCCAGGUGUCACGUUCAACGGUGAUUUUCUUAAACUUCAGUGGAAAUACUUCAAGUCAUUGAACUGUGUGUAGAUCACAAGUCUGCCACACACACAAGUCUUGACUUAACAAAAAAAAAUUAAAAUAUGGGUACUGGGUGUGCCGCACUAGAUAUUUGUCUUGUCUAUAUUUGUAAACUGUCCGCUAACUCCAACGUUUCAUUCACAAAAUUAAUAAUGCUAUCCGUCUUAUCGCAGCCGCAGACCAGUACGUGGCCAUGGGGCCAUAGCCUUUUCUGGUUGGCACAUCCCCUGUCAAUUGAACAUGCAUUGUGCCUGCUUAACUUUGUUGUGCUGUUGUGCACCGCUGGUCUCGUUCCUCAUCUUGUACAGAAUGGCUAGUUGCCAUAGCUACAUGCAUUGUGUUGUCACGUGUGCUGUUGUGCACCGCUGGUCUCGUUCCCCAUCUUGUACAGAAUGGCUAGUUGCCAUAGCUACAUGCAUUGUGCCUGCUUAACUUUGUCACGUGUGCUGUUGUGCACCGCUGGUCUCGUUCCUCAUCUUGUACAGAAUGGCUAGUUGCCAUAGCUACAUGCAUUGUGCCUGCUUAACUUUGUCGUGCUGUUGUGCACCGCUGGUCUCGUUCCUCAUCGUGUACAGGAUGGCUAGUUGCCAUAGCUACAUGCAUUGUGCCUGCUUAACUUUGUCGUGCUGUUGUGCACCGCUGGUCUCGUUCCUCAUCGUGUACAGAAUGGCUAGUUGCCAUAGCUACAUGCAUUGUGCCUGCUUAACUACAGGAUGGCUAGCUGCCAUAGCCGCCCCUUCUAUCUUUGAGCCAUACUACUGGAUCCCAUCAUGAAUCUAUUUUUUCAACGCACAAAAGCGAAAGUGCCCGGGCAGUAUUGCUGUCUAUCAAGUCACUCUUGUACAGUGUAGCCCGGCGCUCUAGCAAUCUCUGACAUACUCUAGCUCUCCCUCUCUCUGGCUCUCUGGGGCAUACCGCUGACAACUGUUAUUAUCUAUUUUACUCGAAAGCUACCUUGAUCACUGGAAACGAUAUGAUGAUAAGGGACUUUACAACGGUUUUGAAUAAUAAUUAUCAUACUGAUCGGAGUAUAA